AUGGCGCCAACAUUCGCCGAUGUUGUCCCUAUCAAGCAGAUCUCGUCGCAUCAGUACACACUGACCCUCGAGGAUGAAUGGUGUAUAGGCACAGUCCCUAAUGGCGGCUACGUAACAUCGUCCUUCCUCGUCGUCGCCCGUAUGCACAUGUCCCUGACGCACCCUCGCCGCUCCGAACCACAUCCUGUCAACCUUCAUCUCGAGUUUCUGCGGCGUACUUCCGUCGGCCCAGCACUUUUCACCGUCAAAGAUGUCAAACUAGGCAGUCGCAUAUCGAAUCUGCACAUCGUGCUCUCCCAGCCCUCGAACCCAGCCGACCCUGCGUCUUCGUACAUCGACGAGGCCGAAGGCUACAUAACCAUGAGCAACAUCAGUACCGAAACAGGCCUCUCCCUACCGACAUCCUACGCCCUCUACCCUCCCCGACUGCCCGCCGAUCUUCUCACCCUCGCGCGAUCGGGGCGCGACGAAAACUACACUUCGCGCCCCAGCGACCCGUUCCCCCAAUUCCGUCGCGCAGCGCAGAAUAUACAAAUGUUUCUUGUCCGCCCGGCGAGCCGGCCUGACAAUCACCCCAAAGCUAUGAACGACCAGUGGGUACGGUUCGCGCCCGGCAAGAAACCCACGGGACGCUGGACGAACGACGCGCUCGGCUUUCUCGUCGACAUGUUCCCGCAGAUCGUCGAGAAAUACGUCAAUCCUCACAUCGAGGAGGCCGAGCUGGGCCAACAGUCUCGAGACGAGGCCAAUACCGGUGCGAGAGCGAAGUACUGGUAUCCCACACUUGUGCUGAACCUGGACGUGAAGAAACUUUUGCCCGAGGAGGGUGUGGAGUGGUUGUUUGUCCGAGUCAAGGCCAAGGCCAUACGUAACGGGAGGUUUGAUCUGGACGUCGAGGUAUGGGAUACGGACAAUGAACUAGUCGCCACGAGUUCUCAUGCGAGUCUUAUCGUGGAUUCUUCGAGAAACACCACGAGAAGGGGAAAGAAGGCCUCUAAGCUAUGA